AACGCAGCUUAAAAAGUGAAAGAAACGGCUAAAUUAAGCUCAAAUUGCGUCUCUGGGCGUGGCCACGAGGGAUGGCCGUGAGAUCGUAUAUAAAAGCGACAGAAUUCUAGUCUCCAUGUGCAGAAAUCAUCAUGGACACCAAGGUAACAAUUGUAUAUCUAGUGAUGGUGAGCGUCACCUUGGGUUACGAGUACCCGGCCCCAGCGGUGCAGCUCUCCUACGACGACUAUAAGGCGCAAGAACCCUCUUAUUCUGUGCCCGACGAAACUUACGAGGCUCCACACCCAAGCUACUCUCCGUAUGCGCAAGUCUACAAGGCACCGGAGCCUGCUUACUCUGUUCCCGUCCCGGCCUAUGAGGGUCCAGAUCCUACUACUU